AUGACCACAUGUCUCAUUCUCCUUCUCUUCAUGGCGAUUGGUGUGGAAAUAGUCUCAAGCAAUCAACAUUCUGUGCUGGAGAGAUACGAAGAGAGAUUAAAUUCAGCACUGUCCAAACGAACAGGAGUUCCAAGAACUGUCAAAAGGUACAAGUGUGUUGAAGAAUAUGUGACUUAUGAUCAACACGGACGGGCGGUCACUUCUUAUCAGGGAUCCAGAUUCACAACAACGAUGGAGCCACCGACGUAUCGAACUUCUGGCGAAAAAGAAAUUCGACGAAAACCUGCGAAGAAAGUCACCAUCUCAAUUAACAGAAAUUCUGAAGAAACAACGACUCAAAUGGUGACGUCAUCGACUGAAAAGAGUGAACCGACGACGUCAUCGAAGCCAUUCGACGAGAUGAAUGAUGAGGAAGCUGAUAGAAUCAUUGAGGAGAUGUACCUGAAAAAGAAGGAGAGUCACGCAACGGAAUCACCGGAAAUCGUCACAGAGGUCAUCCGAACCGAAUCACCAAGACCUUUACCGCCACCGCCACCUCCUCCGUCACCUCCACAGCAGCGCGCCUAUUCGACGUCAUCAUCGUCUUCGUCGAAUCCAGGAGUGCAGAGAUAUAAUCCGGUGAAACAGAAUAAAAUAGAUCGUGAAGAUAGUGAUGAAGACUAUCCGAGCUCCGUUUAUCAUAGAAGAUCGAGGAAGAGACCAUAUGAUAUGUCAACUUAUGAUGAUUAUGAUGACAUUCCAUUGUACAGACCAAUGAGAAGAGAAUACCGAAUGCGUCGUCGCCGUCCGAUCCUUUUCUCCGACGACUUCUCAGAUGACACUGAUUUUGAUCGUCGUAUCGAAAACUCUCCUCGCCAACAAACCACCCGUGAUCUCUCUCCGUUGAGAUCCCUUAAACAUCUUCGGCACAUUCCUCCUUCCUUCCCUCCACCACAAUAUAGACCACCAGUCCCUCCACCAAUGCAACUUCCAAUAUCUGCAUCAACCAACAUGAUUCAUAACCGGAUGCCACUGCCAAUGGCUCCGCAGAUGAGGCAUCCUGCUGCACCACCAGGAGCUCAUCAAAUGAUGGCAAUGCCCCCGGGAUUGGGUCACAUUCCAAUGCCACCACCUCCACAACCACUUCAGCCAAUUCAACAGCAACAAAGUAUGAAUUCAGGAGGAGAAGACGUGCUGAAAAUGAAGCCAAUUCUCCAAGCAAACCCUCAAGAAAUGCAAACGGCGACAGAAGAAAGUUGCCAGAAAAUCAAAACGUUGGCAAAGAGUUUUAUGAUUAAGGAUGUGUCGAAAUGGGCGAGGAGCAACUGUUCUGUCUUGCAGGCGUACGCUCCAAAUGCCAGCUGUGAACUCAUAUUCCAUUUCAUAGAUUCUUGCAGAAACAAGAGAUUCUUCUAA